UCAGUGUGUUUGGCUGCAAAGAGGAAUGAUGUUAUUUUAUCGGAAGUUGUGUGGCACAAUAACGAGCAUUGAACUAAGUCAGAGUUCAACCAGUUUGUUUUUAAAUCGAGAGAACUUAUACAUAAAUACAGAUGAGAAACCAAGGCUCAGUUGACGUUCGCUUUACCUUAUCUUAUCAAAGGGAAACUUUCGUUCUCAAGCACAAACAACUUGAGUGCAAAAUGCGCCUGCAAUAAAAUUAGCUCCCAUUCCUUGAGUGGCAUGUGAAACUUUCACCUUUGCUGGUUGCUGCGGGUGAGUUGUGAAUUCUGAGGGGCGUGGCAUUCGCCAGCCUCGCAGUCAGUUUGGAGUAAUUAAGUUAAUUUGUCUUGGACGUCGGCCCAGAGAUUUCAACUUUUUCAUCAUGUCCAUGUUAGCAGGCGUACGUUGAUUGCGCUGCACAUUAAUUUAACCAUUUCAUUCUGUCAUUUUAUUACGCGAGCGGCUGGCAGGGGCUCCAAGUACUACCCCCUAUCAAUUGCAACUUUAAUAAACUCUUUGCUCAAAUUAUAUUUACGAGGGUCACAAAGUGCGGAAAAAUUGACGCGGAGUGGUGUGGCUUGGGAAAAGGCAGCUUGGUAGGCAGCAUAUUUCGCCAAUGUGCCCAAGAAGAUACGCUGCCAUGUCUGUCACUGUUCAAGUGCACUGAAAACAUUUCUAGACAGUUACACAUUGAACAAAUUUAGUAUAUGUUGAUGGCUUUACUACCUUUCAUAUUCCAUUCUUAAUUAUUUUUUAUAUACUUUAUAUUCCACCAAUUUAUAUUAUAUGCAUAUAUUCAAUAACUUGCUUAUCUAGUUAUUAAAUUGAAAUGAGUCUAAACUCUACAAUUUUUGCUACUCCUUUCUUUUUUUCUCUGUAAAUAUGGGGCACCAUUAAGCUCAAUUUUGAUACUUAAAACUUUGCGGCAUUGCUGCUUGUGGCAGCAGCAGCAGCAGCAACAUCCGCAGCUGCAGCUGCAACUCCAACUACGACAGCGACUGCAACUCGCGCCCAGCGAAAGGCGACGUAAUUUUUAAUAGUUUCGCAAUUAAAUCGUAAAAUUUAACAACUUUGCGCACUUCUUAACAAAAUUGCGCAGCCAGCGAAACUGACACUGAUGCAUUUCCGGUUAGCCAGCAGGACUAAGGGGAAGUGGAGGGGGUAAGCGACGUAGGGAGUGGCAAACUGCAUUGCGCUUAAUGAGAAAAUUUCGCCCGAAAAACUUUUUUACCCCACGCGCUUUUCAUGCUGUUUGCGUUGAUGCGUUGUUUGCUUGUUUGUUUGUUGCUGCCGCUGCUCAACUUGCAACUUGCAACUUUCGCUUUCAUAUCUUUAUUUUCGAAUUACUUUGCUGCUACUACGCUUACGUAUUUUUAAACAAGCACCACAUUAAUUAUUUUACUCUAACAAAACACUGAAGAAACUUGUAGUUGCACACUGUUCAUGAAUCGAAUUGAAAGUUAACAUCGAAAGUAGCAGGAAAAUGAGACGUUUAUAUUUUACUAACUAAUUAUCGUUAAAUAGAUAUUAGUUUUUUUAGCGGAUUUGAUAAUAUUUUCAAUUUAACGGUUAUUUGCUCGCAGUAAGCAUUGUUACGCUUAUCAGAAUUAGUCUGAAAGGAACAAAGUCCAUAUGUAGAAACUAAGUAACGGGGGCACCCGCUGAAAAGUCCAAGAAAAUGAGCCAAAUCAGCGAACUAACCCACAUAAGCCGCAUAAGCCAAACCAAUCAGUCGGACGGAAGUGAUGAGGAUCGGCUUCGCCGUGCGAAUUUUCCGGUUUACCCAAAACCGCUACCAGAUCGAGAUUUGAGCUACAAAGUUGAUGAAAAUGAGUUCACAAUGGUGGAGAAGGCUGCCUUGCGAAAUGCCUGGCGUUUAAUUGAGCCAUUUCAGCGCCGAUUUGGCAAGGAUAAUUUCUACAGAUUCCUUACGAGCAACGAGGAUCUCAUAAACUUCUUCAGGAAAGACGGAAAGAUUAACCUAAGCAAGCUGCACGGGCAUGCCAUGGCAAUGAUGAAGCUGAUGUCAAGGCUGGUCCAAACACUGGAUUGCAAUCUAACCUUCCGCUUGGCCUUGGAUGAGAAUCUUCCCACACAUCUGAAGAAUGGCAUCGAUCCCGAGUACAUGAGGAUGCUGGCCACCGCACUGAAGAGAUAUAUCCUUGAGUCUUCCGUUAUCGAAAAUCACAACUCCUGUUCACUCAGCAAUGGUCUGUCCCGUCUGGUGGAGAUCGUCGGGGAGUAUGCCGUUGUGGAUGUGGCCAGAAAAAGAGCCAUGUCCACUGCCCUCAGGACAACUGUGGGCGAUGCUGGCAAUCGCAUGGUCAAGGUUGCUCUAGGCACUUAAACGGGAACAAAAAUAAUGCAAAUACCUAUAUUGUACAAACAUAGCUUGAAGCAAAAAUAAAAUUAAAUUGUGAAUUAGAACUUA